AUGGCGACUGCAAGCAAUAUGGCAACCGAACAAACAGCAUUAACGGAAGAUUCUAAGGACGAUUCGGACGACGAAGAUAAAAAUAACGUCGAUCUAGGAGUUGCUGGGUUACCUCAAGUUAACUUUUCGGAGUCAAAGAACGAAUUUGAGACUAUAAACUUGGAUGGCGAUGGCGACGAUGAGGAAGAAGUGGACCCAUCGGAUCGCGAUCUUUCGGACGAUAAACGCAAGAAAAAAUAUCGUAAAAAGAAAAAACGAAGCCAGCCAUUAGAGGAUUCAUCUGAAAGCAGUUCAGAUGACGAUAGAAAGACCUGUAGGAAGAAAAAAGAGCCAGAAGUCAAUCCGGUAAACAAAAACUUAAAUCUUACCUAUUUCCAAAUAAGUUAUUCAAAUUCCGAUCCAACGUCAAUUGAGCUUAAUUUUAAUUUCAAGUAUGUGGUUCGAGUAACAAGUGCUUGAUCUUAUUAAUUUCAAGCCUUUUUAGACAUCCAUUGUAACUGAAAAAACUUAUUUCGUGAGUUUUUGAUACUUUGAUCCGUACUAAAGGUUAAAUAAACAAGCUGGAAAAACUUUUUCGAAUAGCAAAGUGCUCAUGCUGAAAACUAUGGCCAAUAUGAGUUGCAGGCUUUGCAUAUUACCUGCGUGCAAAUUUGAUAAGGAUUUACAGUGGAUAUGGAAUCUGUUUUCUCCAAACAAUUUGUAAAACCAGCCUAGUUUAUCAAAAUGACAUAUUAAACUGUGAAACUGCAAGAACAAACAGAGAUCUCCCAAACCAAAGAGACACACUAACUUUUAUGACCGUCACAUCAGCAUAUAGCAAACAAGCGACUGUGAAGAUGUUUUGUUAAUGAUUCAAUACUGUCUUAUACUGCAUUUAUGGUAUACUCCUUUACCAGUGAAAGAGAUCCACAGAAUUUUAUUGCUGUUAAAUUGCAGUUGUAGUUUAAUUUACUUUAUGAGUCAUUGUUUCUCUUAUUGGUUGUCAGGGAAGAAAAUCAUUCAAUUUGACAACCAGUAAUGCUCAAAUUAAUAUAGUGUUUUAAAAGUGCAUACAAUCUUUUCUGUUUUUAUUUUGUCUUUUUUCUCAGUCUGAUCUCACCUGGACCCUCUGGUUGUGGUAUUAUGUAGUUGCUUUAUCAACUGGAGCACUAAAAGGUAUUGAUAACUUUUAAACGUCCUUCUUGUAUUUAUAAUUCAUGUUUUGACUUUUUAUUUAUGUACCCAAAGAUCCAGGACAGUUGGGUCCAGAUUGAAGCAUUUCCCAGCUCAUAUAUUUGAAUGGGAGACAAUUCUUAAAGUGUCCUACAUCUCUGUUGCUAUAACUGACAGUGCCCCUUCAAACAUUGGAAUACAUUUUGUUUCACAGUUAUGUGCUUCUAAAUUUGAGAUUUUUUGUAAAAGAAAAAACUUUUAUUAUUCACUAUCAUCAUUCUCUUAUACUGUUCAAUUUCAUGUGAUAAGUAUGCUAUUGGAGAAAAUCAUGUCAUUUAAUUCCUGGGCGCAGUGAUGACAGAACCACUAAAAGGGGUUUUUGUGGAUCAAGCUUUGCAAGACAACAUGUUGUACAUCUUGUGGCUCAAUUUUAUCCUUGGAUUAAAUUUUAUUUCCCUUUGUUAUGGGGUAUGGUAACAUAUGAUAAUGAGUUUGAAACAAAGGCCUUUAAAAUUAGAUCCAAGAAUAAAAUUGAACCUCAACAUAUAUAUCUACACAUGAGUGGGAUCCUGCCAAGGGGGACACCUGUCACUGCAAGACAAACCACACCAAAUAAAAUACUAUAUAGAUACCACUAUGUAUGUACUACUAGGUAAAAUGCUAGUAUAAACCACAGCAAAUAAAGUACUGGAUCACCUGAUGCAGUGGCAAAGAAAUCUGCUUCUGAUUUCUUUUGCCGUGUUGUUACCUUGUGUGUAAGUUGGUACAGAUUUACAGAAUCCCCAUUCCUUGGCCAGAGUGGAUAUCAAAAUCUCUCGAUAGUACAGUAAAAACACUGUAGGUCAUCAAAUUCCCCGAGGCACCCAAUCUUCCCUACCAAGGGCUUGAGAUUGAUAAGUGCAUUAAGAUCAUUAUUUAGAUGGUAUGAUUUUUGCUUACAACUGUUAUACACGACCAGCAUUUGUCAUGACUUCAUGACAGAUCGUGUCAUAUAAUUUAGACCCACAACAUUUGUAAGACACAUUGUGCGUGGAUGUUGUAAGUAAAAAUUCUGCGUUUGUGGAUGGUCAAAAGUCGUGACAUAUGCUACUCGCACAUGAUAGUCAUAAGUAAAUAUUGUACCGUCAAACUUGACCUUAAAAAGCAAUGCCAUGCAUGCUAAAAAGUGCUUGAAACUUUGUUUUAGUGGCAGAAUAUCUGGGAGAGAAGCUAGCAGCAUUUUUUGGUAUUACAACUCCAAAAUAUCAAUAUGUAAUAGAUGAAUAUUACAGACUUAAACAACAGGUGAGUGCUACUUCUUUAAAAAAUCCUAAAAUCUUGUCCUUUAGCUGGAAGUGGUGACCCACGAAUAAAAUAGAAGAGAAGUUAUGAGCACGUACUGUUCUGUGAUUCUUUUUAAUGCUAUUCAAGGUGGUUCCUUUGUUUGAGUCAGACCUUGUAGAUUAAACCUGACAGGGUGACCAGUCACAUCAAAGUGAGUGCCACCAUUGAAGCAGUACCUUGUUGAAUUACUAUUAAUAAUUAUUUAUAAAGUUACGUUCAGGCCCAGGUUGUUCAAAAGCUGGAUAGCGCUAUCCACCGGAUAAAUCACUAUCCAGCAGAUACGUAUUACGGGAAACAAUUGCAUUAUCCGCUGGAUAGCGCUAUCCAACGUUUGAACAACUGGGGCCAGGUGGUUUUAAAUUUGGAGUCCUAGGGUAAAUCUUAACUGUGGCUAUUCAGCUCAUGGUUUUUUCUCUUUGUGGUAAUCUUUUUUUUUCAAUUAAAAACUCAGCAUGAAACCCAAGUCUUUGAACAACUGCAACACAUUUCAAUUCAUUAGAUGAAGAAUAAUUUUGAUAUUUAAGACUUGGAAACUUACCCUUGUUUUCAAAAAGAACUGACAAAGAGCAUCCUGUAGUCCUAACAUAAGAUGUGUGGUUUUCAGGAAAAAGAAGAAGAAGAAGCAGAGAAAAGAGAAAGAGAAUAUAUAGAGCGAAUGGCGGCUGAGAGACUAGCUUCACUUGAAGGAGGUGAUAACUUAAAUCUCCACGUUGAUCAGGAGUUAAUGAAUGGCAAAGUACCAGAUCCAAGUGCAUCUGAAAAACCUUGA